CACUCAUCUCCUCUCUCUUCCUUCACAUAAGAAAAAAAAAAACGAAUUCGAAAAAAAAAAACGAAUUUGGAAUAAACACUUUUCAAAAAAUUAUAUUUUAUUGGUAAUGGCGGGAAAUUACAAUUAUGGCGGUAAUGGUGGUUAUCGGGAGUGGAUGUACAAGCGGUUCGACGAAGUGACGGGAAAUUUGUCAGCAGAGUACGUAGCCGGUGUGGAGGAAUUCAUGACGUUUGCUAAUAGCCAGCCUAUAGUACAGAGUAACCGCGGUAAAUUUCACUGUCCUUGUAGUGUGUGCAAGAAUGAAAAACAUAUGGUCUCGGGUAGAAGAGUUAGUAGUCAUUUGUUUAGUCGAGGAUUUAUGCCAGAUUAUUAUGUUUGGUAUAGACAUGGGGAAGAACUCAAUAUGGAUAUAGGAACCAAUUACACUGAUAGGACAUAUCAAAGUGAGAAUCAUGAAGAGGUGGGUUAUGUUGUAGAAGAUCCUUAUGUGGAUAUGGUGAACGAUGCAUUUCGUUAUAACGUGGGGUUUGAUGAUAACUAUGAUCAGGAUGGUAGUUAUCAGAAUGUCGAAGAACCAGUACGUAACCAUUCAAAUAAAUUUUACGACUUGUUAGAAGGUGCACAAAAUCCAUUAUACGAUGGUUGUCGUGAAGGUCAAUCGCAGUUAUCGUUAGCUGCUCGACUCAUGCAAAAUAAGGCGGAGUAUAAUAUGAGUGAAAAGUUAGUGGAUUCGGUUUGCCAAAUGUUUACAGAUUUUUUACCAGAAGGAAACCAGGCAACCGGUUCGCAUUACCAGACCGAAAAAUUGAUGCGCAAUUUAGGGACUGUGCAAUAUCACUUUGAGAAGAUCAUCGGACGCCGCAUGAAAGACAUGGAAGAGGAAUUGGGAAGACCGAAUGUGCUUGAUAGGUUGAAUGAGCUAGAGGCAGAUACUUCUGCAGUUUCUGAUGGCGCUUCACGACCUCGGGAGCUCACAACAGAGGAGUAUACCACCAUCUUUCUUCAGUCCACUGAGAGGGAUGCAAGGGGAAAUCCGUAUGGAAUCGGAAGUUUGAAGAACACUCUUGGCAGUGGCAAUCGCAAGUACCCUGGAGACUCGUCAUCCUUUCAAGCUCUGGAAGAACAGCUAAAGGAUGCUCACCGCAAAAUAGAAGAGCAGGUUGCAUAUAAUGAAAGGCGAGAGUCUGAGGUUGCUUCCCGUGAAGCUGAGCAAGCUCGAGUCGCGGCUGAGCAAAAGGACAAGCUCGAGCACUUGUCCUUGGUGGAGAAGUAUCUGCGUCAAACUGAUCCUCAAUUCCUCCACUUCAUGGCCACUCAUUCUUCUUCAGCUGGUACCACAGAGCCAAUUCCCCAACAAGAUCCAUAGGUUGCUCUAUUUCCCAACUCUAUUCCUUUUCCCUUGAACAUUGACGUGAACAUUAUGUGUGAUAUGUAACUUUUGUAGUUUGCUAUGUUUAAAUGGUUUGAACAAGAACUUAAUGUGUAUUAUUGC